AUGAGCGAAGAUGAGAAACACCCCAAGAAGACGGCAUCCCUAGCAGAGCAAGAGGAAGGCAACAAUGCCGACCGUGACUGCAAUGAAACUGUUAGCUGUGGUGGAUCUUCCUUGGAAGGUUCCAGCGAAUUUGCUGAUGAGGAAAUGGCGACCAAGGACAAGCCAAGCGGACUUGAGCGGUCUCAUUCGCUAGGCGACAGACCGUUGCUUGCCCCUCGCAGCUUUAUGCGUCAAGUACGAGGCUCUCUGAGGAGUGCUUGGCGAAGCAUGACAGGGCAUCCAAGACACGAACCGGAGUCUGAGGUUGGUGGCAACUACGUUAACGCCAAUGGCUCUCAACACCAAGAUUACAACAACGCAGAGAAUCAGGCUAACGAAGAACCUCUUCACCCGAAAAUCAUUGCCUACAUGAGAAAUCAUGGUGCAGCCAGUCUUGCGAGGCUCCAAGAUGAGAUUCAUGUCCCUGAAGCAUCCGUUGCUCCGGCUAGUAGAACUACGUCUGAUCCACGGCAAUCUCUGCCUGGCGCAUACCGCAUCCAACCAGGUGGUGUUGAGCGAAAUGCUUCUGACUUGGUGUCAAGACACAGUUGUGAUGCGAUGACCUUGUAUUCUGUCGACAACAAUAGUUAUCAGCUGGCGGUCCGGUCCACAAUCCACGUCCCUCGGGCCAGCUUGGUGGAUGAUGGUCCAGGCUCCAGACCAGACGAACCCCAAGUUUAUCACGCCUCACCUGUGCUGGUGCAGGAUGGUAUGGAAGAUGCAUUGGUUCUUACUCGUCGCACUCUUCGUUGCUUCAUCCUGGCAGCCUUGUUGAUUCUCGCGACGCUGUGUACAGCUCUGUUUUUUGCUCUCACUGCUACUAGUAAUCAAGGUGCCGGCGUCGCGGGUUCACUGUCUCCCAGCCGCAGUCCGACAUACCAAGCACCACCGGCUAGCGAGGACGUGACGGAACCUGGGCUUGGUGGUGUACAUGAAUACAAUCCAGAGGUGAUAGUCAACCACGAGUCUUCCGGGAUGAAUGAUGAGUUGCCCAAUCUCGAGUCCAUCCUCACCGUUGAAAAGACUGUGCUUCCAGCAAGCACAGGCCCAAGCUACAGCCCUACAGAUGCACCGCAACAACAAACGUUCAGCAUGAUUCCAAGCUACACUCCAACUGAUCAAAAGACCGAAGAAACUGCAACUCCCACAAUAGUAGAGACCCAAUCCUCUGUCGCUCCUUCUUUGCACCAUUCAACAACUCCUUCUUCGGCUCCCUCAAUCGCCCCUUCACAGCAUCCGUCAAUCGCUCCUUCCCAUCUUCCUUCUUCGGCUUCUUCAAGUCCCACGGUUUCGCUCACGGCUUCUCCUUCAUUUAAUCCUUCCAUUGCCCCCACUCCAAAAUCGACAGUUGAACCACCGACAAUUCCAAUUCUCACCGAGGCGACUAUUUCUCCUACUCAGCAACUCCACUCAUCGCUCCCAACAAUUCGCCCGAGUCUGGAAGAGACUACUCUUCGACAGACACAACCGCCGACGCAGAUCAAAGUCCCCCCGACCUUGCCGUCUUCAGCACCGUCGACUCGCCGAACGGGCUCGCCUUCUUCGUCGCCAACCGAAGAUCCCAGCACACAAGCUCCAAGCGAUGUGCCAACGACAAAUCAACCCUCGCAACCUCCAUCCCAGGUCGCGACGAUUCCGCCAAGCGCGGUCCCUACAACCGAAGCACCUACCCGUCGACCCUCCCCACUUGCAACCUUAGCGCCAUCUGUGCAACCAACAUCAUAUCCAACGUCCAAGCCAACCCCGGCUCCGAUCUCUACGAUUAGCAUCUCCAUUCAAUUGACUCAGAGACCAUCCGUGGCAGCAACAAAGUCGCCAUCUGCCGAGCCAACUCCAGAGCCAACGCCAUCACCAACCCCAGAGCCGACUCGGGCAAACUUUGGUGGAAACAACGGCGACGGAGGUAACAGCAACAAUGAUAAUACAGGGGCAGCCGCCCAGGCUCUUCCUAGUGAUUCAGAGCUUUCCGGCGCCGCAGCCUCAGACCGCAAUGGUGGAAGCAGCAGCAGCAGCAGCAACAACGGUCAGUCGUCUUCCAACAAUGACAACGACGGACGUGGGAAUGAUGGCGGCGACAGAGACAAUGGAAACAAUAGAAACAAUGACGGCGAUGAGAAUAACGGUGGUGGUGGCUCAGGAGGAGGUGGAUCUGGCUCAGGAGGUGGAUCCGGGGGAGGUGGCUCUGGGGGAGGCGGUGGAUCCGGAGGAGGUUCAGGGGGAGGUGGAUCUGGCUCUGGAGGAGGCGGUGGAUCCGGAGGAGGUUCAGGUGGAUCUGGGGAGGGGUUGGGGGAGGUGGCUCUGGAGGAGGCGGUGGAUCCGGAGGUGGAUCUGGAGGAGGUUCAGGGGGCGGACGAGGCGGAUCUGGGUCUGGAGGAGGUGGAUCCGGAGGCGGCGGCGGAUCUGGAGGAGGCGGUGGAGGUGGAAACAUGA